CCGCACUCCAAAAAACGUUCUCAUCCUCUCUCCAACAUCCCUCCAAACACCCUUUCGAAAUGACCUCCAAGCCAGCCCUCAGCACCCUAACACGACUCUCCGCUCAAGUCCACAUCAGCCCAAACCCAGCACCCAAGACUCUCGCCGAAAGUAGGCAAAUCUUCGCCGCGCUACAAGGCUUCGGGGAGAUAGUCAGCUUCCGCAACUUGAAGUACGACAUUCGCAAUGACACGGACAGAGAACGGCCUCUCAUCGCCAUGUUCGACUCCAGCGAAGCCGCCGAGCGCGCCAUCGCCGCGUCCCCGGUGACCAUCACCCUGCCGACGCCGACACCACCGGCAUUCACUCCGAAUCCCUUCGCCUCUGUGUCCUCCUCAUCCUCAACGCCCUCUUCUAUGCCCCCUCCAUCCACACCCACAUCCACAUCCACGUCCACGUCAACUCCCACUCCUCCAACGAUAACGUGUACUCUCAGCCCCUCCCGCCACAACUACGAACGCUCCACCCGCCGCAACCCGUUCUACAGCAUGUUCACCAUCGACAAGAAUAGCGCGAUAUACGCCGACAUGCGCAGCGAGGAAACAGAUACCCCGCUCGCGGAAUUGGCGGACGUCUUGAUGCGCACGAAGAGGGUUACGUUUGCGUCGCAGCGGUACGGGGCGAGGGUGAAUGCGCAGCGGAUGGGGGCGGAUAGUUUGAUGGGGAUUUGGGAGAGGGGGGUGAAGGAGAGGAAGAAGAUUGAGGGAGAGAAUCGAGAUCGAGAUCAAGAUCAAGAUCGAGAUGAUGCUUCCAAGGAGAGCGCGCAGGGAAAGAGUGGUGAUCGGGGGACGGGACGAGGACGAGGACGAGGGCGAGGUGUGGAGGAGAGGGCGGGAUAGGGUUUUCUCGAUGGGGGUGGGAGUCGCGGGCGACUCGUGGAGAUCUCGAGGGAAGGAACUGUGAGAUAUGGUUUGAAUGGAGCAGAGUCUCACG